GAGCCUCGCUGACCAUGGCGGGCGAGCUCGAGGGCUGCAAGUCUUUGAGCGGGCUGCUAAGCGGCUUGGCCCAGGACGCUUUCCACGGGCACGCGGGCAUCACGGAGGAGCUGCUGAGGAGCCAGCUCUAUCCGGAAGUUCCACUCGAGGAAUUCCGACCCUUUCUGGCGAAGAUGAGGGGGAUUCUUAAGUCUAUUGCAUCUGCAGACAUGGAUUUCAACCAGCUGGAGGCAUUCUUGACUGCUCAAACCAAAAAGCAAGGUGGAAUCACAUCUGACCAAGCUGCUGUCAUUUCCAAGUUUUGGAAGAAUCAUAAGACAAAAAUCCGAGAGAGCCUCAUGAACCAGAGCCGCUGGGACAGUGGACUUCGAGGCUUGAGCUGGAGAGUUGAUGGCAAAUCACAGUCAAGGCAUUCACCUCAAAUACACACGCCUGUUGCUGUAAUGGAGCUGGAAUUGGGGAAAAGUGGACAGGAAUCUGAAUUUCUGUAUUUGGAAUUUGAUGAGGCCAAGGUCAACCAAGUUCUGAAGAAACUUUCAGAAGUUGAAGAAAGUAUCAGCACUCUGAUGCAGCCAGCCUAGCUGAAGAUGGAGUUACUGAAGCUAAGAUGUUAUGAUCCCUUCCCACUGAUCUGAUUUAAAAAGAAAAAAAAGCACUGUAGCUUCAUUAUCCACAUUAAUAUUAAAUCCUAAAAUUCAAAUCUUGCUUACCUCUGCUUGCUGGGAUUUCAUUCUCUCUCCCUUUCAUUUACUCUUACAGUUUUAUUACAGAGGUUCUUACACUUCAGCAUUUAGAGGCACUCAUAAAAACAUUUUUUCCUAGAAGGAGGCUCCUGUUCCCUAUCCCCAAGCACUUGUAUUCAGUAGGACUAAGUAGUGUUAGAAACCCUUGUUAUGGUCAUUUAUUCCUGGGUAGGAUUUUUGGUAUUUAUACAUAAUAAUAUAAUGCAAGAAUCAGAAAAGAAGGAAAAAAAAAUCUUAUUCAUAUAAAUUCAAGACUGAACAAACGCAGUAUGUCUUGAGUUGAGGCCUAGAAGAGUCUGCUUAAUCUAGAAUUUUGCCAACUCUAGCAAAACCUGAGAUGCUUCUAGAACUGAUUCAGGCAUUUAGAUUAGUUCUGCCUAAAUCUGGGGGAUCUUCUUUGAGCUACUUAGAAACUUGGGACUUUUCUGAAAUCUAGAACUAAUCCAGCCUCAUCACAAAGGGAGCCUUUUUUACUUAACUGAAGUUAUGACAGUAGGAAGGGAAGAGUGUCUACUGAGGUGAUAAGAGAUUUUUUACUUCAGAAAACUUAACCUAUAUAUCAAAUAAAACAUCUUUAAGAGAACUGAUGUAAAAACUAUGUGCUAGUUGAGAAAUUAUACCCAAUACCAAAAAUUUUUUAUGAGGAAGAAACUGUCAAACAUUAUUUUGAAGCUAUGCUUCUUGUUGAAUAGGUUUUGUCAGUUGCCUUUGAGAUGAAUGUGUUCAAACAGUGUAGUUCUCUUGGUCUACAGUGACAGGAUAUGUCAAUUCUAAUGAGUUUAUUUCAGGCAGGAAUAAGUCCUUUUCUGUUAAGCAUAUUCUUCUGAAAUGGAGAUAUUUUAGGAGCUCUUCAAGUACCUAAGCUGAAAUUACUGGCUUUCUCCCUGAUUUAAACCAUCCCAGCAGUUAGCAAAUAAUGACCAGAGCAUUUUAAAUGAGGACCCUUUAGAAAACAUCUUGAAUCGGUAAAUAGAUUCAGAAAAAGCAUGUGGUUUGGCAAAGAAUUAUUAAAACUUACUUUCUGUUCCCAGGACUACCAUCAUAUGAUCCUGGAGAAUUAAGCUCCUGCUGUAAAAUAGAAGAAAAGAAUAUUUCAUUAGAUAAUGGGGCUCCAUAUUUCACUGGAAGGAAGAACUGUAGCUACCUCAUUAGUGUUGAUUCAUAUAGUCAAUGAAAGAUUGUGGAAGCCUGGAGGAACAUGGACCAACAGGGAGAGGAAAUCAUUCUUAUGGACUGAAGCUCUAUUUCGGACAGCCUGUGAAUGUAGUAAUAGCGACAAAAGUGGACACUCUUUUAGUAUAUCUCAAGCUUUAGGUUGUUGGGAGAAGAUAUUUUUAAAAAUUAAUGUAAACUGUUUUUCAGAAUUAUAAUUACUAAAGAAACUGGUUACUGGAGGUAGUUCCCACAUUUAACACUAAAUACCUUUGAAUGCAAGUGGUUUUGGACAGGACUUGUUUGCAUGUGUUUCAUAUUUACUGAUGGUUUUUUUAAUGAGUUUUUCUUUUGUUACCAGAGGAGUGUAUUUUUAUUGUAGGAGUAUGUUUGUUAAUAGUCUAUUGUGAAAAUAUAGAAAACCCUAAAGAGAACAAUUAAAUGAUCAAUCAACCUAUCAUACCAUGAAGAUUAAAAAAAAAAAAAGAGGACUAGAACUGGGGAAAGAGUUGACUUUCUCUAAAUAAAUUCAUGAAUGUGUUUUCUAAGAUUUUGAUAAACAACUAGUUUACUUUCUAAAAAGGCUAUAUCAGUCUAUACUCCCUUUUAUAAAGAGUAAGAAUAAAUCACUCCCCUUCUUGCCUAACUGGGUAUUAUCUGUUUUUAUAUUUUCUAUAAUUAACUUGUUUUGUAAUUUUUGGUAAAUAUUUAUUUAUGCAUACACGAGCUGGGGUGCAGGCCAGAGGUGUGUGUGGGGUGGGGAGAGGAUUCACCAGAGACAGAGUGGGGAACAGAACAGGCAGAUGGACUGAAAUACACUGCUGAGGGGAGCAGUGGGCGAAUCAGGAGAGGUCUGCUGCACCAUAUGGGUAGCUCCCUGGCCAGGGAUCGAACUCGUGCUGCAGCGGCUGUGGAUAGUUUCAUAAGUUGCGUCUUAACCCCUUGCGCCACCAGGGAGGCCCUGUUUUGUAAAUUUUUGCGAGGGACAGUUACUAAAACCAGGACCUCUCCAAGGGGAUUUUGCAAGCAUGGAGAAUGGACCAUGGAAAGAGAAAGGUGGCAUCAGGGUCCUAACAAACCCCACUAGAUUUCUUAUCUCAGUUAUACUAGGUUAAAACCACUUUAUUUUUGCAUCACUUUUUAUAAUAGCUGUAUAAGGAAGCAUCCUAAGUACCCCGUGAUAAAGGAUAGGGAAAGAUGUGGUAUAUACAUUCAAUGGAAUACUAAUAAGCUAUAAGAAAGGAUGAAAUGCUACCAUUUAUAACAGAUGGAAUGAACUGUAGGAGAUAAUCCAAAGUGAAGUAAGCCAGAAAGACAGACAAACAUUGGACAAUUUCACAUACAGGAGUGUAGGGUAAGGAAAAAUGUCAGGUUUUUCUGCCCUCCCACCAUCAGGAUAGAUGGGGGAUCCUUGCGGUCCUGAAUGCGUGCAUGCCUCAUGGCGGGCACCUGGAGUAGGGUGUGGGCAUAGGUAGAUGGGAUUCACCUGGGCUGAGACUGGCUUUUAAGGGCGGCAUCAAGGGGACGCCAGUAGAAGCCGAGAAAGAGAAGCCGAAAGAGAAGCCGAGAGAGAAGCAAAGAAGCAGCAGAGAUCACCGGAGAGCCCAUUUAGAGUGAGGAUUUGCUGGGGGCUCGGAAGCCUGCCAGCCUCCCGGCCCCCCAGCACCCUUGCCUGUUGUGUACUGGGUAAACCCCAAUAAAAACCUGCAAAAGCCACUGAGGGCUCCAGGACUCCUCCUUUGCCUGGUCUGCUGAAUCAGAAUACCUGCACUGUGUCCAUUCCUGCCUUACAAGGAGUAAUAUAAGGAAACAGUAGAUGAGUUGAUAAAGCAAAAUAUUUAUAAACUAAGACAUUGAUAACUAACCUGAGGCUUCUGGGGAUAAGAGGGAAGAGAAAGGGAGAAGGGUCAAGGGACAGGUUAUAAGGGGUGGUGUUGAGGGUUAGAAUUGGGGGAACCACUUUAUUUUGAGUUCAGGAAAUGUGUGACAAAAUAAAAAUAUCCUCAGCCUGAAUCAGACCUUGUAAAAAUUGUCCCUGCUUGAGCAGUAAGCACUCUAACUUCAGGUGUUCAGAUAUAGCCUCGUCAAACCAAAAGUUGCUUUCAGAAUAAAGUCAGAAAUAAACUCCAGAUUUCAGUAGUUUCAUGUUGAUAAGGAGCAAAGGAUUUAGAAUUAUUCUCAGGAGUUGCUUCUCUUAGAAGCUCUGGUUCUUAAUCGGUUUUAUCAGUGAAGGCUUACCUUCUAUCUUAUAGCCUCUUAUAUAACUUCUCUUUCCCCCAGUUUUAUUUUAAUGGUGAUUCAAAAAAGAUUACAGCAUUUUAAAAUUCAGUUAACUUAUUCUCCCCCAAAUGCAAGAAGGCGGUGAAAAUCAAAGGAUGACAUUGAGUAUCUGAACUCUAAAAUAGCUAACAUGUCAAGUUAUUAAAAUUCUUCUUUUAGACCUAAUGAAAAUUUAUAAAGUAGAAAUUAAAGAAAAAUGUUUAACAAAUGUUAAAAAAUACUGUUUUUUGAAGCACAGAUUAGACUAGUGAAGGGAAAAAGAAAUAGAAGAAAGCCUUCUUGAGUCAGCUCAGAAGUGACUGCAUAUUUUCCUAAAAUAAUAGGAUUCUGGAAGGGAUGCAUGAGCCUUUGUAGGAUAAUAGCCACCUUAUAAUUCUUAGCUGUCCAACUUUCCAGCCACAAUUUUCAAAUAUUUUUGAUGGUGAUUUAGCCCGGAGAAGAGAAACCCCUAAUAGGACAUAAUUAGUUUGAACUUAACUCUAGUUGCAAAGUACACAUUUUUUAACCUCAAAAUUUGAGACAUAACUUUUUUGUCACUAGAUGUGAUCCAUCUUUCCUUUUCUGGGGAUGGCCAUAAUUGUCUUUCAUAACAUCACAAUUAUAUGCAACAGUGAGCUAGCCUUUGUCACAAGGAAUCUGCCUGAGCCUGCUUCCUGUCUGAUGAAUGGUACCAACUGACGUAAGUUACAAGUUCACUACACAUGUUAUCAGAAUAAGAUAUUAACCCCGUACAUGAGCAAAUAGUAAAAUAUGGGUAUUUACAUCAUUUUCUCACCAAGGAUUAUAAUUUAGACCUGUUGUUUCUUUUUCACCUGGUCUUGACUAGCUUUCUGUUACCAGCUGGAGUUAAGGUUUCAGGUUUUGUUGACUCAGAGGAUAUAGGCAGGGGAGAAAUGGAAAGGAGGAAAUAUAGAUUUGAAUGCACAAAUGGAAUAAGAGAUUAAACUCUUUAGAAGAAAUUUAAGCUGAAAAAAUAGUUAAAAUCUUUAAUACUGGUAAACUUUAUAUUUAAGAAAUAAGUUUGGAGAUUUUAUAUGAUUUGUAUUCUGGCUAUUUUUAGAACUGGGGCUAAGAUUUGGCACUGAUUUCAGAAUGCCUGAUUUGGAGGCUUUUGGUAGUAGUUAUUUUAUUUUCUUGUCAAAAUUGGGGAAACAUCUGUACAGAUAGGUCAGAGAGCCUUGCUCACUGUGUUCAGAUGAUGACAGUCCCUACAGUAGUGUUUUUUGUAUGUAGAUGUGAUCUUAGGGUUUGUGAGGUUCAUUGUCAGUUGACACCUGCAUCCUUGUCAGACCUGUCUUUAUGCUGAGAAUGCUCAUGCCCUUUGUAGAGCGAGGUGCUGUUUGUGAUGGUCUUGGCCUCAACUGCCCACCCAGUGCCAUCCACCUCUGAGCACAGUGUACACAGUGAGUCUGCUGCUGCCUGUAGCUUCCUGGCGGUCACAGUACCCCAGUAGCCAAUGCAUUGUCCUUAUCCUAGCUGGACAGUCAAACCGAAGCUUAUGAAAUACUGCAUAAUAUUUGGGCUGUUAAUUUGUUGUAACAAUGUCUGUAGUAAAUGCUGUAGUGGCUUCUUCCUUACUAUUAUGUUUUUUUCAACAUGGUCUGUCCAUGGUGCAGUAGAACCAAAAUCAGAUUUUUAAAAAAGUUUUCAUUAUAAAAGUCAUGCAUGCUAAUGAAAAAUUUAUUAAUAGGUCUUUAACUUUUAUGUCAGUAUAGAAUUGUAUAAAGCAAAAAGUAAGUGCCUUGCCUCCUGCUUAAAAAAAAAAUUCUCCAGAAAUGGUUGCUGUUAAUGUUGGUGUGUUUCCUUCCAGACACUGUCUAUGCACAGAGAAAAAGGGAGGUAUGUGUGUAUAUAUAUACAUACAUAUAUAGAUACAGGAAUGAUUACACAUCCAGGCCCCUGUAUGUUUGUAAUAUAUAUGCACAUACACAUACACAUUUAUGUAGUUAGUUGUGUAGUUAUAUAUAUAUGUGUAUGUGCAGAUAUGCUUUCAACUUCAUUUUAGUGGUUCUUACCUUUUGGAUGACAUUUAUGUCUUCCAUGAAAACUGAAUUCUCUUCCCCAUUUAAAAAAAAAAAAAGCUGCCAUAUUCACUGAAUUUUUCUUUCAGUAUCAAGGGGUUUUUGAAUUUUUCUUUCAGUGUCAAGAGGUUUUUGAAUUCCCAGAAAGCAGUCUGUACCACCUCUGCCCUUCUCCCCAAGGUUUCAUUAAACCAAUGGCAACCUAGAAAUUAGCAACAAUUUAUAAUGGGUUUGGAGAGAUUAUUUAUAGCAGGAGCCUAAUGAAGGAGAAUAUUCAGGAUGUUCUUUGUUGAAUUUUUUGGUCAAAAAUUUCACAAAAAGAUUUAUCACAAAACCUUACCUUAAAGAACUUUACAAAAAAGGCUGGGUUCACUUCUCUUUUUGACAUGGGGUUCAUUUUUCUACAUGACAGCCCCAGAUUCCUCAUCUCUUUGUGCCUGCUGAACUUUCCCAACUUCCCUCACAGCACCUGCAACAUUUCAGUACACCUCCUUGUCUGCAUGUCUCCUCUCCCAGGGGUGAGAACUACUUAAGGGUGCGUAUCUUAUCUCACAUUUUUCUAUCAUUCCUCCCCUCCCCACCUGCAAAAGUCCCUACAUGAGUACAAUAGAUGAAUGAGUAUCAGUGGUAAGAUGUCUGAGCUGUAUAUAUAUAUGUUUUUUUUUUAAGAUUUAUUUAUACAUACAAGAAUUGGGUACAGGCCAGAGUUGUGGGGGAUGAGAGGCUUCACCAGAGACAGAGUGGGCAAUAAAAGAGGCAGAUUGACUGAAAUACACUGCUGAGGGGAGCAGUGGGUGAGUCAGGAGAGGUCUGCUGCCCCAUGUAGGUAGCUCCCUGGCUGCGGAUUGAACUCAUGUUGCAGUGGCUGUGGCUAGCUUCAUAGGUUGCGUCUUAACCCCUUGUGCAACCAGGGAGGUCCCUGAGCUGUAUAUUAAUCAAAUCCAUAAUUUCCAUUUAGUGGGGGAAAAGAAAGCAUUUGACUGAGAUCCAAAUCUGAAUCACAGCUCUGUACAGGAUCCUGAUUGUUUGACCUCAGGCAUGUUUAGUUUUCUCAUUGGAAAAUGAGCGUGGUAGAUGUAAUUCUCAGGGUUAAGUACUAAGGAGUAAACAAGAUUUAGGAGAUUAUCUUAAAAAUGUCUUUUAGAGACCCAAGGGCCCUUUGGCCUGGUUCAGAUCCUGGCUCUUUUAUUAAUAGUACCGCCUUAGUGACUAAGUUUCUUCAUUUGUUUAAAAAAAAAGCCCAGGGUGAUAAUACAGUAGUACUACCUUAGUAAGCAUAUUAGUGCAGAUAGCACAAGGAGUUAUAUCUGCUGAGUUAGCACGUACACAUGUUUGCUGCUGCUAUUAUUAUCAUUUUUAUUACUCUUAGGAACUCUUUCCUCAGGAAGCUGAAACCAGUAGCCAUAAAGCAUUUUACAAGCAAUACAAAGCAGUUACCAAUUAAGUACUAAAUGGAAUGGUGCAAGUACAAUUUCUAUAAGAGUUUCAGCAGUGAGAAAGGGCAGGAGGAGGCUAGAGUCGUCAGGAAAGGUUUUAAAGCCAGAGCUUUUAAAAUCAGGCAAAUUUAAAGAUAGAGAAAUAUUUAGAUGGAGUUGAAAAGCCAAAUAAAUGAAGGUAAAAACAAUGUCUUUGGAUCUGGAUGUGGAAAGGGAACAUAUUUCCAGGAAAAUGGGUGGGACACAACUCUUCAUGGAAAGGACCUUUCUUUUCUCAUGGUGGAUGUUUACAACCCAGAAUAUAACAACUCAUCAUCUGGUGCUCUGGUUCUUGGUGAUGAGUUAUAAAGGGAGAGCUAAGACAAAGAAGACUAAUGCAUUUGUGUUCCCAUGGAAGAUAAUCAAACAAAGCUAAACAUAGCUGGAGAAAGAGAACCUAUGACUGCUAACAGACAUGGGCCUGGGCAACUGAACAAACCCCAAGGCUCACUUCCUCCUUGGGGAGUUGAGACCAGAAGCAGAUUCUGUAACAUCCCUUGAAGAGCCAAGGGCCCUGUCUGCCCUGAUUGGGAAGGAUUCUGAGGCCUGUUUUUUCGAGGGUUAUUUACCUGCCUCUUGAAGAGAAUUCCCAGGGCCUAGAUUUUGGGAAGAGAAGAGAAAGUACCGUUGAAGGAAUCUUUGUCUUGUUAGCUCAUGAGAUUCAUACUGAUGUCCCCUAAACAAUUUGUAAGAAGGAAUAAGGAUUCUUAAAAAUAAAAUCCCUCGCUGAUCUUUCCCUCAAAGUAGUGUUCAGUUGUAGAGGAUUUUAAAGGGAGUUAUCACUCUCUACAAAACUGAACUUAGUCCAAAGGGUUUAUAUAUAUUGGCAACCAACAUCAGCCAAAGAAUGGACAAGAAAGGAGAUAGGCCAUGUGACAUUUUGUUCUUCCUAAGCUCCAGGAUGACCUGGAUUGGCCAGAGUGAGGUUUCAGAUUUUCUGAGCGCAGAGGCUUUGGACAUCAUAGACCUAGAAGUUGCCUUUUCCCCCAAACCCCUCUGAGUUAGAAGAAAGCAAAUCACUUCAUAAAUUACUGUAUUUAAACCAUGGCUGUAUCCAUUUACUGGAUAGUGUAUCUCCACUUCAAAUACAGUCUAUAGUGAAUUUAGAGAAAAAAAAACUUUCCACAGUAUUGGGAAAAUUAAUAAUCCAGGGGUAUCUAAGUAGAGAGUUGCCAGGCCCACCCAACCCCCUUUUUUAAGAUAGGUUGAAGAAGCUAAUCCUUCUCUUUAAUGCUAUGCAUGUAAUUUUAAUAAAUGGGAAGGACAAUGCAAACCUUUAACAAACAAUCCUUUUCCCUCUCCCUGUACACAUAAGGAACAGCUGAAUAAAAAGCUAAGGGAAUUUGAUUCUGCUGGUCCCUGAAGAGCUGGAGAAAUCUCCUCACUGGGGACCUGACCCUGGGAGAGUCAACUUGCAGCCCUUAUAGGCCAGGAGCCCAGGAACCAUUGCUGGAGGGGCAAGACCCUGCAAGUCCCUGUUGCCUUUCAUGAGCCCUAGGAGAGAAGUGGUUGCUGUGUAACCACAGCUGGGCCAUUCUUUGUAGAUCAAACGCCACACCUAGUUUUGUACCUGGAAGUUUAGCCAAUUAAUGGUUCAAAUGGUUUGUUUGAGGAGACAAAUAGUGGUUAAACUUUUAUCCUUUCCUUCCAUUCUUUUAUCUUAUCCUGAUCUUCCGAGGACUGAGAAUUGUCUGAUGAUGUGUUCCAUUUCUCACCCUUUUAUUGCCAGAUGCUAAAUUACCAAGUUAGUUAGAAUUAAGUAUGUGCUUCCAAAUAAGCCAAAGUUUCUUCGAGAGAUUUAAAAAUUUAUCAAAAAUCAACCAUAGUCAUAGGAAAAAUGAGAACUUUGUAGAAUUUCUUUUCUUUCACAGCGUUUCAUUUUGAAUUAUAAAUGUAGAGAAGAGAGAACCGUCUUUUCAGGAGCCUGUAAGAGUCUUAAUCAGGCCUAAUGUCCCACAGAGCUUCCAGAGUGUCCUGGGAAGAGGCCCUGAUCCCUGGAGAAGGAGGAAUUGUUUUCCAGGAGUAACAGGUACCUCCCAUACCAGGAACUGAAAAUCCUGAGAGUGGCUUUUUGGGUGGAAGUUUAUGGAUAGUUCUGUCUUUAAGGUGUUGUUUUGUUUUGGUUUUAGCGUUACACAAAUAAUCGCAUGGAUAUUUUGUCUUUGAAAAAUCUUUUAAACUUUAUAAUUAAGACUAAAGAACCCUGUUACCAAUAUUGUCAAUCUUGGUUUCCUCUUCUCCAACAGUAACCUCUGUGGUCACUUUGUCUCUUCUUUUAGAGAGAGAGAGAAUGUGUGUGUGCGUGUGUGUGUGUAAAAUUUUUGCCUAGUGGCAGAAAUGCCCUUAUUUACAGUACUGUUUUAUGUAUUUCUGUAAUGUGUUGCAAUCAUACUAUAUGUAUUGUCCUACGUGGCUUUUUUCCUUAACAGUAAGUCUUGAGAUUUUUCCAACUGCCGAGACCAAAAACCCCCCAAACGAGCGCAGAGAAUACUUGAAAGUGGAAACAUCUGAGUUACAGAAGAUGCUGAAAGAAAUCUAAUCCAAGCUUCCCUUACCUAGUUAGAACAGAGCUUUGGUAGAAUUAGCUGCCAGGAUCCUCCCACUUCUAGCCUUCAGCUCUCUUUGGGUCUCCAGUUAGGGGGACACUGACCUUGAGCAUUAAGAUAUUUAAAAAUUGUAUAAACAAACCUCAUUAGAAUCUUACAUCCUUCCCUGCCUUAUUACACAAUUAUAUAAAUCUUACCCUGUUCUGGGAGCUACUCUUCAGAGCACUAUCAGCAGGGCCUGCAUGCAUGAUAAAUUUUUAUCCUGUUACUCUUUUGUCAGUUCAUAUACAACUCCCUCCCUCCACUCAGAUCUAUGUUGGUAGAAGAAAGUUUUUCCUCCAAACAGUUCAUACAAAUUUACCCUAUUGACUCCAACUGCUGCAUAGUAUUUCAUAGUCAAAAUAGUUUGGGUUUUUUUAAUUAAAAAAAAACCCUAUCAAAGGAUUUUUAGGUUGUUUCCAACUUUUUCCCAUUAGAAAUAAUGCUGCAGUGAAUAUCCUUGCACAUAUGUCUGUUUUUACACAUGUAAAUAUAUCUUUAAAAUACAUGUGACAUUACUAAACUUGGAGUUGGGAGGCAAUGUGUACCAUCAGGUCUUGUGAACUGGUAUGAAAUGGCUCCCUCACAGAACUCAGAAUCCUUCAAACUCAGGAAGCAUAUAGAUGUUGGUGAAUGGCCCUCAAAAAUAGCCCAGUCAACUUAUACUUUCACUAACUGUGUAUACAAGUAUCUAUAUGAAAAUGUCUUGGCCUCCCUGGCGUGCAGGGGUUAAAGACUGUGCAAUCAAGCAAUCGCCGGCCACUGCAGCAUGAGUUCAAUCCCGGGCUGGCCAGGGAACAACCCACAUGGUGCGGCAGACCUCCCCUGUCUCACCCGCUGCUCCCCUCAGCAGUGUAUUUCAGUACAUCUGUCUGUUCUGCUCCCCACACUCUCUGGUGAAUCCUCUCACACACACACCCCUGCCCCCAGCACCUCUGGCUUACACCCCAGUUCUUGUAUGCAUAAAUAAAUAAAUCUAAAAAAGAAAAGAAAGUAUCUUGAUAAUAUCACACUUGCUUUGCUAAUGUGAUGAGUCAAAAAUAGUAUCACAUUUUGCCUGGCAUUUUCCUAAUACUAAUGAGGGUGAGCACUUUUCAAGCCUUUGCUAUUUUUAUUUUCUCUCCUGUGAAAUGGGCCAUAUCUUUUGCCUGUUCUUCUUUUGAGUCUUUUUGUCUUUUUCUUAUUGAUUUGUAGGAGCCCUUGAUGUAGCCUGAAAAUACAUUUGUCCAUUAGGGAGUUUUCCAUCUAUUGUAGGGAAUAAUAAUACCGGGGGAAUAUUCCCAAGUUUAUUGAACAUGUGCUAUAUAAACAAAACCCAUCAAGGACUGGGAUUGAGAAAGAAAAGAAAACAUUGUGUAUGUGAAACUCUGUGCACUUGUUUAACGUGGUGGUAGGAUCAGUUAAACACAAACAUGAAUAAAAAUACUAAUAAAAAUUACUGUUAAGGGAAGAGAUAUUUUAUUUUGGCUCAUUCAACGUAUCAUGUUUUCACAAAUAUCUUACUGACUUCACUUAGAUCACUGUGCUUUCUUCUUGAGGGAAUUUACAUAUACCAGCACUUCCUAUUCUCACUGAAGUCUUCCUGUGAAGCCUCAUCCCUCAUGUACUGUUGGCACUGAUCUCAAAAGGUGGAGUGCCUUUCUUGCUAGGCCAUUUCUUUCUAAAAAUGACUGGUUGUCCCUAUCACUGGCACGCCAUUUUUUGAGAUGAAUUAAGAAUUCACAGUUUUUCUCUGAGGUGGACUGUCCUCAGAAUCUCUCAAAUGCAUGAUGCCAGGAAGUCUGUUCUGACAAAGACAUGCUGUAUAGAAGGAAACAUAAUAAAUGUAUCGUCUUAGGUGGGAGUGGUUAAUGCAUUUGAGAUUAUUUCAUAUUUUUGUAUGUAACAGUGAUUUGAUCCUUUUUAUUGCUGUGUAGUAUUCCAUUGCGUGGAUGUACCACAUUUUUGUCCAUUGAUCAGCUGAAAGACAGUUGGGUUAUUUUCAGUAUCGGGCAAUUAUGAAUAAAGCCAUUAUAAACAUUUGUAUGUGGAUUUUUGUGUGAACACACAUUUCCACUUAUCUUGGGUAUAUAUCAAGGAGUGGGAUGUUUAAUUCUAUAAAAGACUGCCAAACAUUUCCAAAGUUUACCAUUUUCCAUUCCCUUCAGUAAAGUAUGACAUUUCCAGCUAUCCACAUUUUGAACAGCACUUGAUACUACAAUCAGUUUUUAAACAGUUCUUUUUUUUUAUUUUAAAGAUUUAUUUAUUUAUACAAGAACCAGGGUACAGGCCAGAUACGUGGGAG